CACCUGUUGUAUUUCUUCGCGAGCGACAGAGCGCGAUGGUGCCUCCGAAGCGCGGCUCGGACGGCUCGUACUCGUCCUUUUCCUCUUCGUCCGACUCGUCGUCGCGUUCGUCCGGCCGCAACUACGUCGACCCGUGGGACGUGGAGAACGCGCUGUACGUGCGCGGCAAACGCAUCAGCUUCGCGUCCGACCCAAACACGUAUUCGGCCGCCUCGGCAGCCGUCGAGCCGCCGCUGCAGCCGCCGGCCGAGCUGUGCGGCUGCGAGCCGCUCUACGACGGCUUCGCGCCCGACCCCGUCCGCUACCUCGGCACCUACUGUCACCUCUGCGACGCCGAGGAACUCGAGCUGCACCACAAGCGGAGACCCAAGGGCUCGUCCAUCCUGUCCACCAGGGGCUCGCCGCCCACCUCCCUCACCUACAGGGUGCCCACCACAAUUGAUAUCGACUCGUGCGAAGAGUGUUCGGCCGCGUCUUGCUCUCCGGUGGCUCCGCCGCCGCCGCUGAUGCUCUUCUCGAGCAGCCGAAAGUUGAGCGCCGCCGGCCUCCGGUUGGACGAGUGUCGAGACUGCGAGGACAACCAUGGCAAGAAGCUCGUCUCCUUCAGUCCGGCGCCUCGACGCUUCUCCGUGCCGACGCAGCCCAAGUUGGCCUACGUGUACGACGCGGCGCCCAACAGGGCAAAGGCCAAGACGAGUCUGCCCUCGUGGAGCAGCGCCAGGGAAAAGAGCGCCGAGCUAGUCUACAAGGACUCGCGCCUUUCGGACCUCAACCUCAACAAAAGCAGGUGGGAAAGGACACGGCGCACUAGUUUGGCCCUGCCAGUCGCCACAGGUCUGCCCCAGACCUUGGUUGAGUGCGGCUGUUCUGAUCACGAGGGCCCACAUGCGACUCUUUUGGCACCGCCGAGACACCCUUGCCGCUGGGGCAUGGCCAGGUCGGGCCACGUGGCCAUCGACUACACCAACGCAUGGAUGUCUCUCGCUAGGAGGAUCAAACCGAGCAGAACGUGAUGGAGUUGUCCAUGAGAUCAAAUAUAUUCCGAUUAAUAUGCUUUUGUGAUUGACAGAUUUUAGAAAAAUUAUAAUUAUAUGUUCUGGCCAUGUCUGCAUAAUUUACAACAAAUUUGUUUUGGAAACACUAAGAUUAAUUUAGAGAUAAUUGCUCUCCUCAAGAGAAUCUAUUAUGUAUAUAUUUAUAUAGUUUAAUUACUUGUUUUCAUGAUAAAAAUAAAUAAACA